UAUAUAAGCAAAGGUUUUUAGCAAACCAACAAACAGUUUAUCAAAGUUUAAUCUAGCAAAAUGUUCAAACUUUUCGUCUUGACCGCUCUCGUGGCUUUCGCCUAUGCCGAUAACAUCAACAAAGAUGCCGAAGUUUUGAGCUUCAAAAAUGAUCCUGCCGAUGCUGAGGGAAACUAUGCCUAUGCUUUCGAGACCAGCAAUGGUAUUCAGCAACAAGAAGCCGGUAAUCCCGCUGGUGUAGCUGGUUCCUAUGAGUUUGUAUCGCCCGAAGGUGAAAAAUUCUUUGUUAGCUAUACUGCCGAUGAAAAUGGUUUCCAACCCGUUGGUGAUCAUUUGCCCACACCACCACCAGUGCCAGAGGCCAUUCUCAAGGCUUUGGAAUACAUUGCUGCCCAUCCUCCAGCCGAUGAAACACACAGAAAGUAAAUUUAAGUAUUAAUUUCCAAGAAAAAGAAAACACACAAAAAAAAAGGAAAAACCGAAAGGACGUUAGAAACAGGAUGGAGCAGCGGCGUAUUGGAGUAGUGAAAAUGGUUGGAGUUAAGAAACUAGUCAACAAAAAAACUCUACCCAUUGUUUUUUAAUUUGCCGCUCUGUUCCACGCAAUUUACAUCAUUCGGCCGUCCAUGACCAAAAUAAGUUCAUCUGAAUUUUGGGGUUUACAAAGUGCAGGAAACUUGUUUUCUUCUUCACUUCUUUUUUUUAUAAAUAAUUUAUAGUAUUAGCUUGUUUUUAUUGUAUUAUGUUUUAGGUUAAAUGCGUUGAACAUUUUUUUGUACGAAAUGAAAUGAAAAAAAAAAAUCAUGCACAAAUAAAUGUAUAA